CAACAUACUAUCUAGAUCUCUUUUAUUGGUGGAGCCGCAGUGACUCAUUGAGUAAUGCACUGACUCGAAAACCAGAAGGUCCGAGUUUCGCGCCCGGUGCUGGCCGAGGGAGUUCCGGGGGAUUUUACGGCAUGGGUUCCCCUGGUCAGUGUUGCGUGACGGAAGGCCUGGUAAGGAACAAUGUCUAGUUGUUCGGACAGUUGGAAUUCGAAAUAAGAGAAGACAGUAGCACCGUUAUCCGGGCAAAGGUUUCCUCAUAGCGCACUGCAUGGCAUACUAAUUGUUGUUUGAUUCAUGCGUGUUCUACUGUUCGGUUACUCUAUUGGGUGUCCAUCGCACGGGGGUAUGACUAUUUAGCUAUAAGUAGUGAUGGAGGUUGUGUACGAGACAGAGCAUGCUUACGCUUUCUAGAACACCUAAUAUCAUUUUAUCUUUGGGGAAUGAUUUCAUAUAGGUAUUAAACUAUCUUGUAGCGUAAGCUGUGGAUAAUACAGUAUGUCUGUACUCUAUGCACAUACUGAACAUGACUAGUGUUCUGAAUUAAUAACAGUAUUUUUACUUUAAAGAUACAUUGUCCUGAAAGUAUUUAUUGGAUGGUUAUGUCCGGUAGAAGUAUGGCAAAUUUGGUAUAUAUGGAAAGUAUAGACACACAAUCUUACCAGAAACAUACUGGAUUAACCGAUAAACACCCAUGGGGCAAGCACUGGGCAAAUUUGUCAAAGUAUCAAUAACUGGCAACCAGACUCUUGUCUACAAGCUUAUUGUAUGCUAGAUUUACUGAGGCAGCGGUUGUUAUUUCUUGAUCAAAUAUAUAGUUAAUCGGUUUUGAAAACAUUGAGGGUGUCAAGUACAAAAGACUCUGCAAUUAAACGGCGGAAAAAGAAGUUGGCAGAAAAUAAUUAAGAAUUUACUAAGGCCUCAAUAUAUACUAUAAAUGGACAGUAAGUAAUGCAAAAUACAUCCUGAAAAAUGGACCCUCUCUCAACGAAUUGAGGUGACAGACAUGGCGUCUAACAACCGUUUUGUUGAGAGGGAUUUGAAGCAAACUUUUGAUUAGUUUGAAUAUGUUUUAGUCCAAAUAUAUCAUCAAUUUACACAGUCUGUACGCGCGGAAGUAUCUUUAAUUAUAAUGUUAUCUUACAUUAAUUACAUUUUAAAUUACAGUUUCCCAGCAUCUGUACCGUAUUUAACAACCCGGUUGCUGAGUAUUAAGAAAAACAUGUAUAUUUACGCAUAUUAGUUAGUCAAGGACAUAAAACUCUACAUAAAUCAAAUAAGUAUCCCAUGCCAUAUUAGUAACCAGUCCUCUGUGUAUUAUAAAGACCAUGACGUGUUAAUUAGUUAAUUUUCCACAUGUUAAUCAAAUCACAUGGGUAUUCGUUAUUAACCGUUAAAAUAGAUAAUUACUCAGCUAACCGUAUGCACUUAGUAUCUUUAUUUCAGCGCUGAAGACUAUACCAAUGGUUAUAUGCAAGCCUUAGCCAUGGUGUCCUAUAAAGGAAAAGUAUUCUGGCCACCUAUUGUUAAAUUUCGCAGCACCUGUCACAUCGACAUUACCUACUUUCCUUUUGAUGAUCAGCUUUGCCAUAUGAAGUUCGGCUCCUGGGCAUAUGAUGGUUUUCAAGUGGAUGUCUUCAACCGCUCAAAUCCGAUAGAUCUGUCCAACUUUGUUAGUAACGGCGAAUGGGAUUUACUGAGCGUGAAAGCUGAACGACAUGUUGUCAAAUAUCCUUGCUGUCCAGAGCCUUUCCCAGACGUGACAUUUUCGAUUCAUCUGCGUCGCCGAACUCUGUACUACAUGUAUAAUGUUAUUGUGCCGUGUAUAAUGCUGUCGGUGUUGACAUUAUUGGUAUUCUGGAUGAGUCCUGACAGUGGUGAGAAGGUUACCUUGGGUCUGACAGUUUUAUUAGCCUUCUCGGUCUUUAUGCUUCUAAUAGCUGAAAACAUGCCAGCUACAUCAAGUUUCGUCCCAUUAAUAGGAAUCUAUUUGACGACAAUUAUGGCAUUAACUUCUAUGUCAGUCAUUUUAGCAGUCGUCGUAUCUAACAUCAGUAAUAGUGGUCACCGCGAAAAGGCAUUACCGCCAUUUAUAAGAGCAGUGGUUAUCCUUCUCUCCAAAGUGUGCUGCAUAAAACUUAGAUUUGUUAAUCGGGCAGUUUGUGACGGUCAAAUUAUUCAGUGUGCAAGCAAGAGAAAUAGCCAAAUGUUCUAUAAAGGAAAUUCCAACAACAUUUCACACGAUUCGGGUUGUGGUUUGAUAGAUUUUGAAAAUGGCGAACCCAACAAUGGCCGUAAUCUGGAGCGCGCCAACAAGCGACGUGAUGAUCGCGGUGAGAAUCGUGAACUUAAUGAACUAUUGUGUAAAGUUCAUGAAAUGAUGUGUCGUGAAAAUGACCGAGAUAAAAAUGAUUAUCUUUGUAAACAAUGGCAGGAAGUAGGUAUUGUUGUUGAUCGGUGUAUGUUUUGGAUUUUCGUGUUGGGGACGUCUAUGUCUACUAUUUAUCUUUUAGUCAUCAUGCCCAUGACAAAACCAGAUAAAACUUCGUGAAACUAACUAUAAUAUAUUUAUGAUUUUAUGCCGAUGGAUCCCCUGGUAGCCGGGUGCAUACAAUAAACAUAAAUCCUAUACAACCCGAUAAAGGCGUGAUCCUGGAAUUUUGAUGAUGGUACAGGAGCGCGGCAGCGACACAGAAUCAGAAAGCUUGACAUACACGGCCACCUACUCUAACUGUUUUCCAAGUGACUUUGGUUGCUGUUAACGGUACACCGUUGCUGUUAACGUGCUUAAAGUCACAAUAACGAACUUUUUAUUUCGUUUCUGUGUGGUGCGGACAAAGCGAACAAAAUCGAUUAUAAACUUUAGUCAAACUACAUGUCGAAUGUAAAAAAAUCGGCAAAUUAGAAUAAGGACAGUGAAUGUAAUAAUAGGGAUUGUUAAUACAUAAGAUCGAACAAAAACCGAUCAAAUACCCGAGAAACAGUAUUGAUUGUUCUCUGUGAUGCACGUUACCCGUCUUUAUGUUUAGGCAAAUGGACCGUUAUAAAAAAUUUAUGAAAAUUAUCCACAGCGAUCACUCCUUAUAAUAUGCUAGAAGGUUUAAUUCAAAAUAUUCUAACAUACAGUAUUUUAUUUGAAUUCAUAGAACUUUGCAUUUUCACUAAGUCAUAGUUUCAGUAAAUUAUGGACACAAUUUUGAAAACAUAAAACAAAGACAGUAAGAUUGAUUGUAGAAUAUAUUAAGGAAUUAAAUAUUUGUUUGUG